UGUUUUACAAAGAUCACACUUUUGAUCUUCCAUUAUUUAAUCAUAUCACAUUUCGUCAUGCCCCUUCACUUAUAAUUUUUAAUUACUUAAUUAUAUUAUGUCUCAUCAACAGGUCGAGCCCUCUGCAAAGAAUUAGGCUCGAACGACAUUGUUUCCUUCGCACAUUGUGAUGUUACGAACGAAAAAGACAUGCAAAACGCAGUAGACGGAGCAGUUUCGAGGUAGGGAAAGCUAGACAUCAUGUUCAACAAUGCGGGCAUAACUGGAAACAUGAAGGAUCCAAGUAUAUUAGACAUAAAUUACAAAAACGUCAAGAACGUGUUUGAUAUCAACGUUUACGGGGCAUUUUUAGGAGCCAAAAUUGCAGCCAAAGCUAUGAUACCGACUAAAAAAGGAAGCAUUUUAUUCACUGCUAGUAUUGCUUCUGUUAUUGGUGGCACUGGUUCACCAAUAACAUGUUCUUCAUCAAAGCAUGCUGUGGUUGGACUAACUAAUCAUUUAGCUGUUGAAUUGGGACAAUAUGGAAUAAGGGUCAAUUGCAUUUCUCCAUAUACAGUUGCUACACCACUUGUUAGGGAAAUUUUGGGGAAAAUGGAUAAGGAAAAAGCAGAGGAAAUUGUUAUGGAAACUGCUAAUCUUAAAGGGCAAGUAUUGGAACCAGAGGAUAUUGCUGAGGCUGCUGUUUAUUUGGGAAGUGAGGAUUCUAAGUAUGUGAGUGGUGUUAAUUUGGUAGUUGAUGGAGGAUAUAGUAAAACUAAUCCUCUUGCCUCAAUUGUCAUGCAAAACCAUAUUUAAUUUCUAGAAGAAGUUGAAGGAUUACGGAUUACUCUUGUACUUUAGUUUCUGGUUUUUAGUUUGUUGUUCAUGAGUUCAAUAUCAUGUAAGUGUGUUCUUGUAUACCAUAUAUGCAGAAAAUGUUAUC